UUAACUUGACAUGUGCAAUAAAAUUGAUUAAUCCAUUCAAACAUGGAAAACCGUGUACUUGUAAUUCUUUCUAAAAUUGGUUGUCAAUAUCGUAGCGAUCAGGAAAUGCAGAUAACUUUAACGUGAUUAACUCUAAUCCAAUCACAUUACUGUUCACAACAAUGGAACAAUCUAAACAUUUAAUACACAAAGUUUCCGUGCCUCACGUUUUUGUUUCAAGUUUAAGCCAGAUCAAUCGACUAUAUAAACAAAAGCUAGAUGGUACUGACCACCAUAACCAGUUUAUCCAAAAAUGUAUUCGUUUUACGUCCAUUUGCUAUUUUCUGUGUGCAUUUUUGUGUACUUAUACAAUGAUUGCGAAGCAAGAACCCAGUGGGAGGCCACGCCCAUAUCUAUUGACGGUCACACCACAAACCCCAGUGCCAUGGACUCGAAUUUACGACUUGAACGCAUUUCCAGGGGAGAAUACGGCUUUUCGGGGACAUUCUUCUGGGGUAUUGAUAUGGAUGACAGUGUGAUGGUCGAAAUGCGUAUAUUGAACAGCUACACCGGCAAAGAGGCUGACUACAAGUUGACACCCUUUUCUAUUCAACCGCAGAAAUUCACCGACUAUAUUAACACCUUCUACAAGGACCUGUUGAUACCUAAUCUUGGCAAUUGCACCGAUAUGCCAAAGUACGAAUCGGGAUAUGUACCGCCCUGGCCAAAGACAACCUUCAACUUCAACCAUUGCACCGUCAGUGGCGAGGGAUUGCCGGAAGUGUUAGCAGAGGGAUUCUAUAGGGCCGAGGCCAUCAUCACCGCCCUGCCAACUGUUUCAGUGAACGUGAGCGCUGUCCUUCGAAUCAAGACCAAAAUGUUCUGAAUUCUGAACAAUAAAUCGACGAACUCCUCUUAGUUUAUUUGUCAACUUUUUUCUUCUUUGGGACAAAUUUGAGGUGUGAACUGAGAUCGUAAAAAAAACAGCGGACUCAUUGGCGGGCCAAUAAAUUAACCGAUCCAGGUAGAACCUCCUUAAUUCAAGCUGGCGGUCAAAAAUUUCAGUGUCAAAUUUGCUAAUUUACAUUUAUUUGCGAAUAAUCCUCUUGUACGUAAGGAGAAUUGACCUGAAAAAUAAGCAGACGGCAUAUAUGUGUGAUCAAGGAUUUUUAAUCUGCUCAGAAUAAUUUACAAAUGUUACAAAACGAGUGCGAAAACCAUCAGGGGGAUAUCAAGGGGUUAAAAAAAGCGGACCGAAAGAUUGCAAAGUUGUCAUUUUUAAACAAACAACACCGGACUAUUGUAAUAGUUUUUGUUUUUUCAUUUCUAAUUAAAGAGUAAAACAUUUAUAAUAGAGAUGUUUUGAAGACUUUGUUUCUGUACCGGUGCGAAACGUUUUCGGAACCAAAAUAUCAAAUACGAAAUGGUAUCGAUUCACCGACUAUGUCAACAGCUUCUACAAACACCUGCUGAUGUUUAACCUCGGGAAAUUUAACCGAUAUGUCAAGGUAUAACUCAGGAUAUGUAUAUAUAUAUAUAUCUGGCCCAAGACCUCCUACAACUUCAUCAACUGUGCUGUCGGAAGUGGUAACCGGGGGUUUCUAUUAUGAUUUCAGCUAUCAUCAUUUUAUGGAUGAUACUGCAGGCAGUACUGCAGUAAACGUGAAUGCUGUCCCAGAAUGCUCUAAAUUCCGGACAAUUAAAUCGCCGAAUUCCUCCCUGUUUAUUUGCCAACUGCUUUUGCUUUUGGGCCUUCCCGAGGUGUGAGCCGAAUUCCAGCUAAGACGGGAUCGACAUAAAAUCCGGCGGACUCAUGGGCCAAUGCAUGAACCGGGCCAGGUAGAAAUCGCUUAAAGCCAGCUGACGACAGGCAAGCAGGCAGUUGGAGUGUGAAAUUGGCAAGACAUGUUUGGAAACUGUUGUGGUAGAAAAAAGUGUUUGCGGCAGGGUAAAGAGUGGGGAACGCCAAGGAAAAAUUGCACAAA